UGUACAUAAGUUGGUUGGAUAUUCGCGACACGUGGUGUUGGAUUUUUAUUUCUAAAUAUGAGUUCGUGGGUGUUGUGUUUUCUGUUUGUGGGGUGCAGUGUAGUCUGGGCGCAGCAGGAUGCGUGUGGGCCUGCGGAGAUCGUCUUUAUGCUUGACGCAUCUGGAUCCAUGAGCGAAUUAAACUUCAUGACCAUAUUGGAAUUCACCAAUGCAGUUAUUGAUGAUAUUGAUUCGAAAAUGACUAACGGAUUCACUGGCUCCGUACACAUAGGCGUCUUAGUGUUUGAAAACGACGCCAUCAUGAAAAUACCUCUUUGGAACGAGUUGACCAAGAACGAGUUGAAAUCCAGAAUAAAUAACAUCCAGUUUGUCCCUGGGAAAUCGUCUGCAACUCGAGACGCCAUUUUUCUUAUGCGACAAAUGCAUACAGAUCGGGGUGAAACUAAUGCGACAAAGAUCGCCAUUCUAGUAACAGAUGGCAACCCAAAGACCGGCGACCCUCAACCAGAGGCACGGGCUGCUGCAGAACAAGGCAUCUUCAUGUUCGUGUUGGCCAUUACGGGCGGGCAGAUAGAUAUAUCUCUUCUAUCAUCUAUCGCAACUGAGGACACAAGUGGCGAGAGCACUUACUUCAUGACUGUAGAUGGCUUUGGCAAAUUGUUGAAUAAGGUCGGAUGGUUGAACACUGGAAUUUGUGACCUCACGAGAAAAGUUGAAAUACUGGCAUUGGAUCCGAAAGAUGAAACAACAUCAGCUUCUUCCACAACAUCAACAAGUGGUUCUCCCGUGACAUCAACUUCUUCCAGUACGUCAACAACUGCUUCUCCCGUGACAUCAACUUCUUCCAGUACGUCAACAACUGCUUCUCCCGUGACAUCAACAUCUUCCAGUACGCCAACAACUGCUUCUCCCGUGACAUCAACUUCUUCCAGUACGUCAACAACUGCUUCUCCCGUGACAUCAACUUCUUCCAGUACGCCAACAACUGCUUCUCCCGUGACAUCAACUUCUUCCAGGACGUCAACAACUGCUUCUCCCGUGACAUCAACAUCUUCCAGCACGCCAACAACUGCUUCUCCCGUGACAUCAACUUCUUCCAGUACGUCAACAACUGCUUCUCCCGUGACAUCAACUUCUUCCAGUACGUCAACAACUGCUUCUCCCGUGACAUCAACUUCUUCCAGUACGUCAACAACUGCUUCUCCCGUGACAUCAACUUCUUCCAGUACGUCAACAACUGCUUCUCCUGUGACAUCAACUUCUUCCACUACGUCAACAAUUGGCUCUACUGUGACACCAGCUUCUUCCACCACGUCAACAAGUGGUCCUACUGAGAAACCACAGAGUGCCACUACGACAAUACCACAGAACCCCACGGUGUUGCCAAAUGCAAUAAACUCUGAAUUUGGUGCAUGUCCAGGCACACAGGUUGAUGUGAUAUUUCUCCUUCAUGCUGACCCCUCUAUAGACCCCAACGUAUUUCAAGACACGAAAAUUUUAAUUUCAAAUAUUGCCGACCAACUAGUGUUCGGUCCCACUAACGUCCGCGUGGGUGUCAUCACAUACAGUGCCUACUCUUUAUUUGAUAUCAAGUACCAAAUGAAUCCUGAUUCCUUUGACGGAGCUGAAUUCAACUCUGCGUUAAGUCAAAUAGAUACUCAAAGUCAUGUUUUGAAUGGCAAUAGACCGGAUGUUGCAUUUGCACAUGUACUCGAUGCAGCCCAAUUUCGACCUGGCGUUCCAAUCGUAGCAAUCGUACUGACAACAGAUACGAAUUACACAGAUUCUACCAAGGAGUUAAUCAUUGAAAGUGAUAUUUUUAAUGUUGGUAUACAAUUGUAUGCUGUGGGUGUGAAUAGCGACAGUCUUCACAUUGAUGGCCUUGAACUCCUCACCCGUGAACCGAACUCUAUGUUCAUUUACAAUUCAUCGGUCAUUGCUGAUGUGAACACUGCUAGUGAAUUGGUGAACAUCAUAAUCUGCAAUGAUCCAGUUUGCAAGGAUAGAAAGGUGGACGUUAUAUUUGUGGUUGAUACAACGGGUGACGACGCUUAUAUUGCAAACAUGAAGAACUUGGUCAAAUCUAUCGUCAACCGCCUUGACAUUAAUGCUGACGCUGCCCAAGUUGGCUUGCUGCAGUACGAUGCUACAACGUCACAAAUCUUCCAGCUAAACAGAGUACGCAGUCGCAAAAGGAUCACAGAUGCAGUGAACGCAUUAACAAGAACGGUUACUGAGACGCACACAGCCGUUCCUCUUCGUAUAGCUCGACAAUCUAUGUUCACUAAAGCUAAUGGGGAUCGUAAUGAUGCUGCGGACAUCAUCAUUCUUGUAACUGACGUCAUAUCGGGAAAUCCAGAACAUGAGGCAUUGCUUUUGCGCAAUAAAGGAAUUCUUACUCACGUGGUUGGAAUUGGACCUGAAGUGAUGAAGACCGACCUUCUGCCAGUGGUGCUGUCUAAGGAGAUGAUUUAUGAGAUAAGACACCCAGAUAAUGUUUCGCUUGUGGCUGAUAUGUUGUCAAAGACCACGUGUUUUGCUGAUGCAUGUCGUGGUAUAAAAUAUGAUAUUGCUGUCCUGUUGGAUCGAUCCAGUAAUAUCAACGAUGCAAACUUCAAGCUGAUAAUAGAAUUCCUCUCUAGCGUUGCUAAUGAACUCGAUAUUGGUCCAAACAACACCCAAGUUGCGAUGGUAACAUUUGCUGAUCAUCCAACAAUAGAAUGGGACUUACAAAGGUUUAUAAAUCGGUUUGACUUGGUGAGAGCUAUUCAGAAUCUGUCUUCUGUUGUGACAAGUGGUGUUACAAAUCAUACUCGUGCACUUGCUACUACGACUGAUAACGUGUUCAAGCUUGACAAAGGUGACAGGCCGGGUGUGAUCAAUUUGAUCCUUAUGUUCUCUGAUGGACGAUCUGUAGCAGACGAUUCUGGUGAAUGCGAGAACGAGGCCACACGUGCCAAAGAGAAUGCUGUCUUGGUUGUCAUUGGAGUUGGUUCAUAUGAAGAUAUUGCCAACCUGAGAAAGAUAUCAUCUCAGCCUAGCGAACAAUAUGCGUUCACUGUUGAAACAUACGACUCUUUGGUUAAAAUGAGGAAGUCUCUAUUCAAGGUCGCCUGCACGCCACCAGUUUGCCCUGACACUCAGGCAGAGGUUGCGUUUAUACUUGAAAACAGUCUGGAUCCUGACAACGAUCAGUUUGCAAAUGCUACACGCCUCAUCAUGGGUACAGUGGCCAACAUGCACUUUGGAAAAUCAUUCAUGCGUGCUGGAGUGUUGACGUUUAAUUCUACAGCCCAUAUAGAAAUAGCUUUGGGCGAUUACGACACCACAUUUAAUUUCACUAAAGGACUACAAUUGCUCAAUAACGGUGGACAGGGAAAUGAUCUCACUGCGGCGCUUAAAAAAUUGCCAGAGUUCUUUCAAAAUGCAAGGGCUGGUGUUCCACGAGUUGCCAUUCUCCUUUUAAGUCGACCAUAUAUCCCAAUAGAGGGCAACGCAGACCUUGUACAGGCUAGCAUCGAGGCAUUAAAACAAGGAAUGAGUAUCUACGCUCUCGGCCUCCCUGGAUCUUUGAGAUCGGAUUUAGAGAAAAUUGUGCCCGGAUCAGAGUUCGUCCACAUGGUUAACGACGAUGCAACUAAAGCUGUGGAAUAUAUGGCCCAAUACACAUGUGUGGAACCAGUGUGCCGAAAUAGACGUGCAGAUAUCAUUUUCCUAAUAGAGACUGCCAUUGUUCAUCCAUCUAAAUUAGAUGGCUUGAAAACAUUUGUGAAAGCAGUUGUCAAUCGAUUAGAUAUCUCUAGCACCUCUGCCCGUGUUGGUUUGAUGACCUACGGCUCUACUCCUCGUGUCUUACUGCAGUUACACGACUGUAUGACAAAGACAUGUAUCCUUGCAACUGCUGGAAACAUCACCUAUCAUCAAGCUGGCUCUCCAAAUAUCACAGCUGCCCUAGACCUUGCCAAACGGGAGAUGUUUACACCAACAAAGGGGGAUCGAAGUGGAGUUCCAAACAUCAUUGUCAUUGUGACAUCAGAGGAGGCUCUAUUUGAUAACCUAUCGGAAAACGCCGACACAUCCGGGCUUUUGAUCCACACGGUCAACAUCGGAACGAGUUCACAACCAGACAGAUUUACAAAUAACCUAGGUGUUGCAUUCCAUUCAGAGAGUUAUUCAGAGCUGAUGAAACUUAGUAUAAAUGUAACAAAGAUGGCCUGCUAUGCUGAUGUGUGUAAAAACAAAAAGUAUGACAUAAACGUUGUGAUAGAUCGCUCUGGCAGUAUAACACAGGAUGAUUACAUUCUCAUGCUUGGCUUCCUCUACAACACCGUUAACGAGUUGAACAUCAAUAGGAACAAGAUUCAGGUUGCCGUGGAAACGUUUGCAGAUGAUGUCAAAGUCGAAUGGUAUUUGAACAGAUACAACGAUCGAAUUGAGAUUGGUGAUGCAAUAUACGGGUUGAGUCCAUAUAUCAAUCCAUCUGGCUCUACAAACCUGAACCUUGCAAUAAAUAAAUCAACGCAUGAAGUCUUCACCGUUAAAAGGGGAGAUCGUAGUGAUGUACAGAACCUGCUCUUUACCAUAACCGAUGGCAUGGCCAAGGACGGCGACCCCAAGGUCAGUGCAGAUAGGGCCAGAGAAAUUAGUAAAGCUAUUAUCAUCGCUAUUGGUUUUGGACCAGAGAUGAGUGAGCAAGAGCUGAACAAGAUUGGAUCUGACCCCGACAGCAAAUAUGUGCACAAAGUGGAGACCGUGCAAGACUUGGAGAGCAUUCGGUACAAUCUGCUUGAUAUGGCAUGUGGGAAAUGUAAUGGUGUCACAGAUAUCGCCAUUGCCAUAGAUUGUUCUGGUAGUAUUGGUGUCGCAAACUUCAACCUAAUGUUGGAGUUUAUCCUCAUUCUUAUUGACAAUCUAGAUAUUAAUACUAACCGGGACAGAGUUGGUGUAAUUGCAUUUAGUGAUGAUGCAAAGGUUUUGAUUCAACUUGUAGACUUCACAGAAAAGGAGUCACUGAAAUCGGAAAUUAGAAAUAUUCCCUAUACGCUAGGGGCUACUAAUACACAACACGCGCUGAAGCUAGCUAGAGAAAGUUUGUUUACUGAACAGCAUGGGGACCGACUAGAUGUGCCCAAUGUAAUAUUACUCCUCACCGAUGGCGUAUCCACUGUGAAGAAACACUUCACCAUACCCGAGGCUCUAGCGCUGAAACAACAUGGCGUCUCUGUAGUAACAUUAGCUGUGGGAAACCAAACCGAUGAACGUGAACUUUCAAAAAUUGCAUCUACACCAGAACUGAUGUUCGAAGUGAACCGGUUUAGUUCUCUACCUUCUAUCGUUGAUCUUGUAAUGAAUGCGAUAUGCAAUGAUGAGAACGAGUGUCUAGACACGCCAUGCAUGAACAAUGGCACCUGCAUAGAUCUUGUCCACGGCUACAUGUGCGAGUGCAAAUCUGGGUUUUCGGGUAUCCAGUGUGAACGGGAAUGUGACAUCAACGUUGACCUCAUUUUCGCUAUCGAUCGAUCAGGAUCCAUCUUUGAAGAGAACUUCGACCAAUUAAAGCAGUUCAUCAUUGGAACCCUAGUUGAUUUCCCGAUCUCCCAGCAGAACACACGCGUGGGUGUGAUCACAUUUGCAUCAAAUGCUUUUAUAGAAAUAUAUUUAGAUCAGUCGACCGACCUGAAAAAUCUUACGCAUAGAGUGGAGUCAAUAAGUUACACCGGGGGUGCAACUAACAUUGCCAGUGCUCUCCAACUUAUCCGCUUCUCCAUGUUCAGGGAAUCACGUGGCGAUAGACUAAAUGUUCCAAAUGUCCUGGUUAUCAUCACAGACGGCGCCUCUAGCGUUAACACCAGGGAUACUCUUCCACAAGCUAGAAUUCUCCAGAACGAAGGCGUCCACAUUACGGUUGUGGGAAUUGGACAUGAAUUGAAGAAGUCGGAACUUCGCGGGUUGGCCACAGACCCGGAUCGUUGUAAUGUCAUGGUCGUAGAUGAUUUCAAGAAUUUGGCAAUGAUAAGACCAAAUAUUACUAAACCAUUUUGUUAUGACCAGCACCACUGUGAGCCAAACCACUGCAGAAAUGGUGCAGUUUGUUCGGACAAACUAACACAUUACGUAUGUGACUGUGUCUCCGGCUUUACGGGGCAGAAUUGUUCUGCUGAAUGUCCCUCUAAGCGAGAUAUAGUCUUCAUACUAGACGCUUCGGGUAGUAUGGGAUCCGAGACAUUCGAUAAAAUCCUGACGUUCGUCAAAAAGGUGACUGAUAACUUCGACAUAGAAAGCGGUACUCAGAGAGUCGGCCUGGUAGCGUUUGCGAGUGAGGGUGUGAUACAUUUUGAACUGGACAAGUUCUCGAGCAGCUUUGACCUGCUGAAUGCCAUUGGAUCGGUGGAAUAUACUGGAGGUUCAACGAACACAGCUGAUGGAAUUGCUCAUAUGAUGACCAUGUUUAGCACCGUGAAGAAGAUCGGUCGCAGUGAUGUGGAUAAUCUCGCAAUACUUAUAACAGACGGUGUAGCAACUGUCCAACAAGGUGUCGAGUUCGAAGAGGCGUUGAAGGCAAGGGACAGAAAUAUACACAUCAAGGCUAUAGGCAUAGGGUCUAUUAUUUAUGAAAAAUACCUAGAAAAGCUAGCCUCUAAAACGACAUCUGAAACCGGAAUUCCCGAUCAAGUUAUCAUUCGAAAUGUCAAUGACUUGGACAAUGUAUUAUUAAGGAAGCUUAUUGACGAGAUAUGUGAUCGACCAUAGCAUGAUUUGAUUUAUUCUUACUGAAUGGACAUGCACUGUUGUUGACUGUUGUUCAGGUUGUUACUCGAUGUGUUAGAGCUCGAACUGAUUAUUUAUGAUAUUAAUGUUUAACUUAAUGUAUAUAUUGUACAUAGUUUGUUUUAAUUUUUGUAAUCAUAAUUUAUUCAUAUUAGAAUGAGUGCAAUUAGAAUAUGUAAAAUAUGUUCAGGUAAGUCACACGAACAGAAACAAAAAUUUAAAAAAA